AUUUUAACCGGUGCAGAAAUAGUAACACCGUCAUAGAGUAAAAUUCCUUCUAUUUUUCAUAAUCAUCAUGUCUGAACAACGUUGGAUUCCACUAGAAUCAAAUCCUGAUGUUUUGAACAAAUAUGUACGAGCAUUAGGUGUACCGGAAAACUGGCAAUUUGUCGAUAUUUAUGGUUUAGACGAUGAACUACUAGCAAUGGUACCACAACCAGUUAGUGCAGUGAUCUUGUUAUUUCCAGACACGGACCAAGUAUCUGCCAAUCCAAUUGGUUCUGUCGAUUCUAACCCUCCAGCACCAUUAUAUUACACGAAACAAUCCAUCAGAAAUGCUUGUGGAACAGUUGGCAUUGUUCAUGCCAUUGCCAAUUCAGCAGACAAGAUCAAUUUCGACAAAAACAAGCAUUUCAUCAAGUUUCUUGAAAAGACCAAACCAAUGAGUCCUGAAGAAAGAGCAAAAGCAUUGGAAGAAGAUCAAGAAAUGGGUUCAGCACAUCAAGAUAGUGCUCAAGAGGGUCAAACCAGGACACCUGGUAAAGAUGAUGAGGUCAAUGCACAUUUUGUUGCAUUUGUACAUAAAGAUGGUAGUUUGUAUGAAUUAGAUGGUAGAAAGGAAGGUCCAGUAAAACAUGGUGAAACUACUCAAGAUGGUCUUCUUAAAGAUACAGUAAAAGUUGUUCGUGAAUUUAUGAAAAGGGAUCCAGAUCAGAUAACAUUCAAUUUGAUGGCAUUGGUAGAAAUGAAGGAUUAAGCUGUAUGUAUUAGGGCUGGGAGCAGGUGCUAUAUUGUCUGAUGAUCAAUGGAGGAAACACAGCUUUGCUUUGCAAUAAAAGAAGAAUUUCAUUUGUUUUGCUUCUGUGAAGGCUUUAAUUCCAUCUGAAAUCCUGCUUUUAGCCCAAAAGUCUAGUCUACAAUACAGCAGUAAUGGUCUACUUAUAUAAUGGUGAUCUAUGUGGCUUACGUCCAAUAACUGUGACAGUUUUAUGUUGAACUCACAAAAAUUGUUAACUUAUAGCUUAAAAAGCACCUUGUUAUUGUUGUUUGUGAAGUCAUUGCUUCGUGUAUUGGUAUUUAACUGCAAAAGACCCGAGUGAUUAACAAGACUUGUAAACUAUUAAAAAGGCACUUCUAAACAAGAUACAAUCUUGUCAACUAUCCAAAAUUAAUUCUCAACUGUUAACCUGUAAACUAUCUGACUGAACAGUAAAUAUGUGAACUACUUAUCUUGAAUGUAAACAUAAAUAUGAGCUAUCUGAUUAUGAAUGUAAACAUAAAUAUGAGCUAUCUGAUUAUGAAUGUAAACAUAAAUAUGAACUAUCUGACAGUUUAUAUAAACUAUCCAAGUGUGAAUAUAAUAAAUGCGUAAACUGUCCAAUGUGACUGUAAACUAUCUGAACAUGAAUGUAAUCUAUCUGACCAUAAAUGUAAACUUUCUUACUGUGAUCAUGUUUACAAACAAUCUGAUUGUGAAUGUAAACAAUCUUGCUUGAAAUGUAAACUAUCUGACUUAGAAUUUUUAGAAACUGACUUAACUACCGGAUAAACCAGUUAUAUGGUACUCAAAUGACUUAUAAAUGAACAAGCUUCUGUUCAUUGUUACCUUUCUGCAUCAUGUUUAUUUCACACAGUGCAUUAGUUCAUACUAAGGCCUUAAUAUAUCUUUGUUUACUGUACUGUACCUUUUCACAAACAACUAAUUAUUAUUUUUUAUGUAGCAUCUUCACAAUGACAAGCUAGUUUGGAUUGUACACCAGCAAAUACAGCCAAUCAUACCCCGCAACAGAAAAACUGUAAACAUUAUAGUUUAGUGUUGACAAGCUUUUUGUCAAGGCCUCUGAUUGGCUGUAUGAGCUAUACCUAAAGCCAAUCAAAUGACUGCAUAUAAAAACUUGUGAUACAAGAAAAGUGGCUAUUGCAGUCAAGAUUUGAGACAAAGUUCGUAAUGGCUUGACAUGGUGAAGAUUAUGUAGGAAAAAUAUUACCGUUCUAUAACAUUCAAUUGCCAAGAUGGUAAAUAAGAGUCUUUGAUUUCUUUGUUUAGUUACAUGCAGUAUCAUUUCUUAUGUCAUAUUGAAAUCUUAUUGACAUUCCACUGUAUUUCUUCAGGUCUACAUGUUUUGUUCAGCCUAUAAAUAAAUAUGUCAGUAUUGUGUUAA